CCGCGGGCAAAACAAAUGGAAAACAUCGAAAUUCCUCCAUCAUCCCUUUGGAGCUUGCUCAGAGGCAAUGGAACAAAGGGAGGAAGAGGCCCCUGCUUCACCUUCACCUCGUCUGACGCUGGUUCACGCCUUCCAUGCGUUAUUGAGGGAGGGAGAGGAGAGCGCAUGCAUCGCGUGAGUAACCCGGAGAUGGGGAUGCCCCGAAGAUCCGCCUCCCUCUUCGCCCUCGCCUUCUUCGCCCUGCUGCUCUCCACCUCCCUGGCAGGGAGACAGCGGCCGAGCUUCAUAGUAGAUCAGGAGUCUCCUGGUCAGCAAGGAGAGGUCCACCGGGACGAAGCUAUGGCACAGCUGGUGCACUCCCGGAUGCUCAAGGACAUGACGACCAGUGACUACGGCACCUACGACCCAACCCCGUCAAUGCAGAAGCCCCACUUCAAGCUCAUACCCAACUGAACACACCCUGGCUAUACGUGAUAUGAUCCAUCUAUAUAUCUACGUCCAUCUGAAUGUAUAUGCAGAUACAGAUAUUGAUCGAGGUAUUUUUAUCUAGUCUGGCUAAUGUGAUAACUGAUAUUUGUAAGUUGUUGUAGACGUGAACUGAGUACGUACGUGACAAAGAACUUAGUUGCUUGACCUAUUUAUACACUA